AUUCCUUUAAAGUUUUUAAGUCUAUGCUGAAUUCUACUGAGUAGUAAACUUACAUUUUUAUUGUAAUAUUUUAGGUUGUUUCAGAGGCAAGAACUAUAUUUUGAUUGCUAAUUCAACGUAUUAAGUGACAUAAAUAAAAUCUUCAAUAAAAGAAGAUGACAAAUAAUGUUCGAUGCUAUUUUGAUAUAUCGUUAAGCUCAGUUUCACUUGGAAGAAUCGUCUUUGAACUCUUCAACGAUGUCUGUCCAAAAACAUGUGAAAACUUUCGAGCGCUUUGUAGCGGCGAAAAAGGAAUCGGAAAAACUUCCGAAAAGCAUUUGUAUUAUAAAGGUAUCAUUUUCCAUCGGGUUGUCAAGAACUUUAUGAUCCAGUCAGGUGACUUUGUGAACGGAAAUGGAACUGGCGGCGAGUCAAUUUAUGGUGGAACAUUCGAUGAUGAGAAUCUGACAUUGAAGCAUGAUCAACCGUAUUUGUUGUCGAUGGCGAAUCGUGGCAAGAACACAAAUGGAAGCCAAUUUUUCAUAACAACUGCACCUGCUCCUCAUUUGGAUAAUAUUCAUGUUGUGUUUGGGCGUGUUGUGACGGGACAAGAUGUUGUAAGACAAAUCGAAAAUUUACCUGUUGAUCGCAACUCGAGACCGCUAGAAGAGCCGAUGGUGAAAACUUGUGGAGAACUCAUAAAGCAAGUCAAAGCUAAAAAAGAGAAGAAAAAAAAGAAGAUUGCAGCAAGCAGUGGAACUGACUCAAGCGAUUCUUCAUCAGCACCGGAUAAGAAAAAGAAGAAGAAAAAAUCAUCUAAGAAAUCAAAGAAAGCUUCAAAAGAGAAGAAAAAUGAAUCAGUGGAGGAAGGGGAACUGGAAUCUGACAAUGAAAUGUUAAAUCCGAUGGUGUCAGUCACAAAAAUCGAUCCAAGUGAAAUUCCAGAAGUUUCUCAUAAAUUUUUGAUGCGUGGCGAUCGUUCGCAUGAUGUGAAAACAGUUGCAAAUAAGAAUGGUGAAGGAAUGAAAGAACGUAACUUUGGAUGGUCCAAGAAAUCCGUUCCCGUGUCAAGAUCAGGUCGAAUAAUUCGAGGGCGUGGAAAUUUUCGUUAUCGAACACCGUCAAGAUCGCGUUCACGUUCACGUUCAAACACUCCUGAACAUUGGAAAGCAGCACAACGAAAUGUCAUUAAAAUGACAGAUUUCGAACGACUCGAAGAACAGAAGAAAUCGCGAGAAGCUGAACUGGCACGUCGUGCUGAAGAACGUCGAAAACGACACGAAGCUUUGUCAAAAAGUGACGGCAAAAAAUCUUUCUUUGAACUCACUCAAGAUGUUCCACCAUCACCGCAAAUCAUCACAGUUGCAAGCAGUUUAACUCGUCCCGAGAAGUCGCCAUCAGUUGACUUGAAUGCUUUGGAUUAUGAAGAAAGCGACAGCGAUAAAGAAGCACAAAAUUUCCGAAAAGCUGAGGAGAAAAAUGAUAAAAACGGGAAAUCUGAAAGCGUCACAAAAUCACAUCGACGAGAUCGAAGUCGAUCAAAGUCCCGUGGCUCACCAGUUAAUCGUCGCAGCAGAUCCAAUGAUCGUCCAUACAGAGACAGAAGAGAUUUUCGUCCAUUAAAUCGAAAUCGUUUUAAUGACAAUCGUAGAUGGGACAAUAAUCGACGAUAUCGUUUCGAUGACAACCGCUGGGGACAUUCGAAUAAACGUCGAACACGUUCACGAUCACGCUCAAGAAGCCGAAAUCGUUCGAAUCGUCGACGUUCUUCAACACCUCGUCAUAAACGAGAAGCAAAACGAACUCAAUCACCACCGAAAGCGUCAAAAAGUAUUGAACGUAAACCAACUCAAGUUGAUACUCAAGUCAAGACGAAAGACGAGGCUGACGACAUUGCUGAACUUGAACGACGAGUUUUAGCUGCAAAGAAAGUGUUAGAAGUUAUGGUGAAAGGGAAAUUAAAGGAAAAGUCGAAGUCACGUUCAUCAUCUUCGUCGUCAUCAGCAUCAGCAGCAGUAUCAGAAUCAUCAGAAGGCAAGCGACAAGCAAGAAAACGUUCAAGUCGUUUCACAAGUUAAUUAUGCUUUCUUUUUUCACUUUUAUUGCAUUCUUUUCAAAAA